AUGUAUUGGUCUUGUCUAAGCAGCUCGCACGAUCCUAUCCGCCACGUCCACGUCCGCCACGACCGCCUCGUCCAACUCCGCGUCCAGAAGGAGAACCCCUUCCCCGACUACUGGCUCUCAUACGUGCCCAAUUGGAAAAUUGUUCUUGAGAUUCUUGGACAGGUGAGCCGGAAGACUUUGAUGGAGAAGAGCUAA